AUGGUCGUAACGUGGCGGCCGUUGGAGAGCCAAGAAAUCGGGGAGACCUGGGCUGAGGGCAGAGCCUUCGCGGUUGGGGACUGCAACUACGGCUGCAUUGGCAGCCCGCCGGAUUGGAUCAUGCCGCCGGUGCCCAAGAUCUCCUUCCCGGGGGAGGAGCAGGCCGCGCACGCCUGCGAGAACCUGCGGGCCAUGGUUAGCAGCAAGCCCCAGGAGCUGAAGGACACCUACUGGCCCUGGGGUGCUGGCAUGUUCGUCACCAGCUUGGGGCCCCGCGACGCCUGCUUUGUCAUGGCGGCGAAUCAUCGGAAGGAGUCCGGUUUCUUGGUGAAUUGGUGGCUUCCAGCAGUUUGGCAGAAGGAGCUGAUCGAAAGGACGAAAGUCAUGGAGUGUCGCGGAAAUGCAAUUGGGCGGAUCGUUUGGCACUUCGUUCACCAUCGUCCCUUCCUGCAGUGA